AUGGCCCUUAAAAAUUCCCAAAGCGGUAAAUCUCAGCUGUUUGUCCCUGGCUGUUCUGCCGCCAAGCCGACCGGAAGUGAUGAUAAGCAGACGAUUUCCAAUUCGAUGAUGCAGGCAUACAUAGCUAUGCGUGGUCCAGAUAUGGGAGAAAUUAACGACCCUUUGUUUGAAUGGAUCCAAUCUCACAACGAUGAAAUGACUCGUAAAGCAGCAUCUCAACCUCAUGGCACCCCCGAACCUGCUGACAACCCCAGAGAUGUCACCGAGAUGUUGGGUUAUAUGGAUAAAGCUAUCGGAUCCGAUAACAUGGGCGGUGAUUCUCCCCGGGCUGCCAUAUUUGAGCUUCGGAGGCCGACAAUUAACCACAUAGCUCCUCCGGCUGUGAUGAACCUUGUGCCUCAUCGCAGGGCUUAUUCAGCAACGGAUCAUCGUAUCCCUGCAUGGGGAGAUGAUGGAGAUGAUGAAGACGAUGAUGAGGGCGCUGUUCCUACUGGCCGUCUUUCUCCUUGCACUUUCCUCCAGUGGUCUCAGGAUUGUAAGCGUUGGGUUCGUAAAGAGAUUAUGGACCCUAAAAACGUUCUUGCCAAGGCCAAACGAAUGCGCCCAACAGAACCUGUACCGGCCAGGGAUCAUUAUCCCUACUACCUUGAGGAUGCAAAGGCUCAGAGGGAUCACUUUACAGGAGAGGAAUUCUCCCCUCUUUACCAAGUCCCCCAUAGCCCAUCUCUUAUCUACACUCCUCCUGGUGUGCCUAGCGUCUCAUACGCUCCUACUGCAUUCUUAGCACAGUAUGACCGUAUGGCUCCUCUGGAUGCCAAGAAGCUUCGAGACCAUGUGUAUGGCAAGACAGAGAAAAGCAUGCCACCUACUAGUACAAAUGACAAGUUCACAGACUCCGAGGUUAAUAAUGUGGCCAACAGAAUCACUAGAUCUGAGGGCUGUGGUAUUCCCGGUUCGGAGAUUUACGCUUUUCUCAAGGCCCAAUACAAAGCUAUCUCAAAGGAGCAAGCUGAAGAUGAGACUCUCCGUAAGAGAAUCUCGGCACAAACCAAGAGGAUCCACGAGCUCGAGAUUGAGCGAGACGGUCUACGAGAACACUUUAUCCCUCUUCUGAAGAAAAAACGCUCCGAGUACCGUGCAGAUCAAGAACAGCGCGCAUUGCAAGCGCUUCAAGAGCAACGCGACAUUCGCGAUAGUCGCAUCCGCGAACAUCUAGGGAACCACAUCCGUGAGGUGCAACUGAUACUUGACCGCUCAUACAUGCAACGAAGCGAGUCGAAGCAAAAGUUUAAGGCGAACCAGCAACGCCUGGCACAGCUGGAGCAGGAGAUUAUUGAGGAUUGUCGCAUUGCUGGAACGAGUCCUCAGGACAUUUAUGAUGAACUUAACAACCUUGUACCACCUCCUUUAGGUCCUACAUGGUCGGUAGCAAAGGGGGUGAGCCACAGCGCUGAAAGCUUCUGUCGUGCCCUUGAUGAUAAUACCACCUAUCCAACUAGUGCCGCUGCUAAAGAGCCCAGAACGCAGGUCGGCGAAGAGCCUAGAAUGGGUACUGUUGAUUCCGUUUCUGGACGUACUCUUGUUAACCCUACGCGUGAUCGUCCAUUGGCAUCCUUCUCACUAGACGUUGGUCAAACCGUCCGUGAUCAUACAAUCAGUAGCCGUGACCACCAUUCUCUAUCUUCCGCAAACAAGACAACGUUCCCUAGUGGGCACAAUCCCCAAGGUGAAUAUGCCAGUGGUCCAUAUCGGGCAUCCGACUACGGGCGUGAUAGACCUAUUCCAUUCGGUAGUCAGCCAAUGCCUAACCCUCGCAUGGAUACUACUGUUCAUAACACUAUUCCUGGCAAAACCGAGGAAAGUUCCUCUACCCAGGGAAACCUUAGAGAAAAGGACAAGGGCUCGUCCCACAUUCGAGGUCCUAACCAGCGUAUCUGCUUUGCUCCUCCCCCGGGCAAACCCGAUCCGAUUGAUCGCUCUUUUUAUGAUUAG